AACACCGCCCCAUUUAGUCGAUACCUUCAGUUUGUAAGUUGGUCAGGAAUCAUGAUUUUUUUUUUCUCCAUUAGAAUUCAUAUGCAAACGACCUUCAACGCUUUUUUCCUGAAUGCAGCUGUUGGAAUAUUGCUAUGUGUGCACCUGCAGAGAAACUUAAUUCAUCUCCAGGAAUCUACUGGUUACAAGAAAACUUUUAGUGGCAACCCAUUUGGCCAGUGGUGGCUCUGGUCAUAACUUUGUUUAAUAUGCUUAAGAAACCAGCACAUGGUUGUACUUGUCUCCACUUUAAAACGGAAUAAAUAUAUCUUUAUUUCACUUUAUAUCAAUAUGAUUAAGUUAGGAUUUAUCUUAUCCAUUGCUGCUGUUGUCACUUUGAACUUCGAACUGUGUCUCAGCACAUGUGCUCGUGGUGACUAUGAGGUUAAUGGAGAAUGCUGCCCCAUGUGUGUGCCAGGAAGCCAUGUUCAUCAGCAUUGCACUGAAUAUACCAGCACCACUUGUUCUUCAUGUCCUGCAUUAACUUACACAGAUGAACCCAAUGGACUCAAAGCAUGUUUUCCCUGCUCUCUGUGUGAUCCAGGACUAGGAGUAAGAAUAAAGAGAAGCUGCACACGCUCUGCAGAUACUGUCUGUGAGCCACUGGAGGGAUUUUACUGCAUUGAGCAAAAUAAAGGCAGCUGUACAUAUGCUGUGCAACACUCUGAAUGUCACCAUGGACAAUAUAUCAUACAAGCAGGAACAGCAUUUACUGAUACGGAUUGUGGUAACUGUGCAGAAGGCACUUAUUCUAAUGGGUCUUUCACUACCUGUCAACCACAUUCAAAAUGUGAGACUGAGGGGCUUCAAGAAAUAAAACCAGGAACAAUGUCAUCUGAUGCUGAAUGUGGGAAUUCAACAAGUGUUGACGUUUUUUACAGUAUUUUUAAAUGGUUACACACAAUUUCUGAAACUGUGCCUUAAUUUCUUGAAACUCAUGCACACAUGAUGCAAAACAUCACACAUCACUUGCAAAAGCACUUAAAAACUAUUUUAACUCUUCCAAAAAAUCAUGUGUUUUUGCAUAGGAACUCUACACACGAACCAUCAAAUGAUUACACUGAUAACACACAGAUGUGGAAAAUGUAAAGAGUAUGUAGUGCUUGUUCAGUGUGCAGUGGAGUGUAGUUUGUCAUAGCACUCAAACAUACAUGGGCAAAAAUACACAACAGUAUGUAUGCAUUUUUUUUCACAACUGAUAUUUUACAGUUAUUGAACUGAACUGAAUCAACUCUGAACUGACUUGAACAGAAUAAUGACACUAUUGGCUUGUUAGAGCUGCUUAUUAGGAGAAUUUGAAUUUGUUAAAAUUGCGAAGCCAUAGAAAUAGAAAUACAAAUAGAGAUUACUUGACUUGUAUGUAUAUUCAGUAUAUAUUUACAAAAUAAACAGAAAUCCGUGGGUAAAAAUUCAUUUGUCUCUUAAAACAUUGCAAUCAUUUUGAUUUCUAGGUGAUAAAAUUAGGUAUUUACACCAUGUACAGAAAUGCAAGAGGUCAAAUGUUUUUAAUUCAGUUCUUAAAACAAAGUGUUUUGAUUAAGUAAACAAGUUAUGUGUAAGUGUUGUCACACAUUAUUUUUAGGUGUUAUCGGUAAAUGAGUGUGGCAUUUGUGUUUCCCUAGUGAAAUGGAAGAGCUGUUAGGUUUGAGUGAUGUGUCUAAUGUAGAGAACUGUUUUGCAAAAAAGUUUGUUUACAACUGAGUGUAAAGCAGAUAAAGUGCUUGCAGUGGUCUCAAUAUUAGGUACACGAGUGAAUGGUUUCACUGAGUGGUCCUCAAGCAAAAUAAAUUGUUUACUUCUUCA